UCUCGUUUAAUCUCUGUCUCGCCCUCUCUCUUUUUCAUGCUCUUUUCUCUCCCGGGCUCUCGCAGGCAGCGCCACAGGAGCAGGAGCGCCAGCGGAGGGAGGAAGUGAGGAAGGAAGAGUUGUGGAGGAUGAGAGAAAGAGAGCAGGAGGAGAUCACUGUGCUCCGAGCCAAGAAGAAGAGUUUGGAGAUGGAGCUGGAGGCUGUGGGCAGCAGACACAAGCAGUUAUCAGAUGGUCUCCGUGACGCCCAGAGUAAGAGGCGGAUCCAAAGAGCGGAGAUCGAUCUUAUCAAUCAGCAGAGAGAUGGGCGUGCCUCCAAGAUCAACACCCUGCAGACACAGUUUGAGGACUACCAGAGGAAACUGUGUCAGUUGGUUCCACAACAACAGAGACUGACAGAGAGACUCAAGUACAUGGGCUGCAACAACAUCCCUGCUGUGGCAAUGACCUCUGUAGGUGGCAGCGUUGCGGAGAAGGGCGUGGUCUGUCGGAGGCUGAAGGACCAAUUAGACACUCUGGAGAGAGAGACAACCGACAAGCUGGCCAUGAUGGACCACUACCAGCAAGACCUCAAGUCAGUCGAUAUGGAUGACUGUGUUCUACAGUCUCUUCUCUCGCUGCUGGGCUGUCUCAGUCAACUCUUCCUCCUUAUCAAGGACCUGAGGGAGCGGCAGGGGAAGCAGCAGGCUGUUCUGGAGGACCUCUGCCGGGUCAAGGAGCUGAAACUGAGAGAGAUGGAGAGAGGGAGAGAGGAGGAAAGAGAGAGAAAGAGGAGGGGGGAUGAAGAGGCUGCCAGGUUGUGGGUCUUCAAGCAGGGCAAUGCACAACACAUCAGCUGUAUGUGA